AUGGCAAGAAGAGUUUAAACUGAACAAGUAUUUGAUGAACGUUAUGGUCAUCAGGGAGAGGAUGAUGCUCCUCCAUAUAAUUUAGAUGAUUUAUCAGACGAUGAUGCGGAGCCCUUAUAUGGAGAAGAAGACGACUACGGGUAAGAAUAAGAAAAAAAGGAUAAUAAUCGUAGGAAUAAUAAGGAUGAGGGCGCUGGAGCUGGUGGUGCUGGCGGUGGAGAUGAUCUUAUUAACUAUAAGGGUAUUUACUUCAAUGAUGAUCAAGGGUAAAAAUAUACUGAUCCUGACAAUGGAGCGCAUUUCGAAUUUAGAGAUAUGUGCAAAAGAAUAGCAAGAAUAUAAUAAAAGCGUAUGGAAAUAGAUAAAUCAGAAACUGGGAAUGCUACCCAACAAAUAGAAAAUAUAAGAUUAUCAAUGGAUCCUCAAUAGCAAUAAAAACUUGCUCUAUAGAAGGAAAAAGAAGAAUUCUUAAAGAGUCUUGGAAUGUCGAAGCAAUAAAAAGAUUCACAAAAUGCAGCACAGUUAAAGCAAUAGUAACAAUUGAUCAUACAAAAACAGCAACAGUAAAUACAACAAGAAUAAAAAGCUUUGAUGGAAUAGAUAUAGAAACAGAAAAUAAUACAGUAGUAGCAGGAAGAACUUAUGAUGCAGCAAUAAUACUAGUAAAUGUAGUAAUAGAUAGCUUAGGACAAGGCAAACAAGUAAUAAUAAGCUCUACAGUAACAUUCAAUUACUUAAUAGCAGUAAUAGAACUUAGCAAUGAUACAACAGUAAAUGCAAUCUUCAUCUAAAUGGCGCAGUAAAUCUAAUGAAAAGCAAAACUUCAUGCUAAGUAAUACAUAGAAAAUAGUAAAUAAAGCCAAAGUGCUUGAACUUAAUUAAUAAACCUCCAAACACCCUAAUCAGAUAAACAAAUUUGGAACAAAGAUGCAAACUGAUAACUAGAAUGCUCUAUAACUGUUGUAAAGAGGUAAGACUCCAGAAAAUUUGAACAAACUUAAAGUGCAAGCGCUUGAAUAGAACCUGAAUCAAGCUUAAUAAAAUAUAUAAAAGAUGAAAGCCUAACUUGGGUAUAACGACUCUUAAAUCUCAACUAGUUCAAAUAUGCCUUAGUAGUAGCAGCAAUAGUAGCAGCAAUAAACAAACAAAACGUAAAAUUUCAGUGAAUUAGCCUAAUUACUAUUAAUAGUUCAUCAUAGAGGUCGACUCGUGAUAAGAUAUCAUAGAUUAAGACAACCAGCAAAAUUGGUGUGUAUAAUUAAAUCAAAUAAAUCGUAAACAAUGAAAAAACAAGGUAUUGCAUCAAUUUCUAAGCAUUUAGCUCCUGAAAUCGAUAGUUUAAUGUUAAAAUUCAACAAUAGUAUAGCAGUUUAACAGCAAACUUCGAGCUAUGGGCCUACAUCCUCAACUCUUUAUCAAGCUUAAAAAUCUAGAAACAUAAAUCCUGUAGGUAAUUCAUUCAAAACUGCAUCGAUUGGCUCUACUAAAGCUGGUGGCUCAGCAAAUCAGCACAUAAGCAAAACCUUAAUGAGUAAUGGAGUAGGAUAUGAAGCUAAAAGUAGACUUAGCACAAACAAUAACCCAAAUAAUGGUAUACCAAUGAUCGUUACUGCUGACCCAUUAGCAUCGACUAAUUUACAUGGGAAAAAGAGUUCUAAUUCAGGAAAAUUUAAUCAGACAGUUGCAGGUUCCAAUCAAAGCAAUCUCUAUUCAAUGAUCUAUUAAAACCGCUAGAAAAACCUAGUCAGCAGUUAUCUGAAUGGCUUAAAUGUGAACUCCUAAUAACUAAGAAGCAGUAAUGCUCAAAUUAGCACUAAGGUUCAGCCAUCUUCCAGAAAUAAAAACUUAAUGGCACCGCUUGGAACUAAAAAUAAAACUAGAAAUAAUGUUAUGGGAGGAGGUACAUUAGAGAUAAAUAACAACAACAACAAUAAUAACAAUAACCAUAACAAUCACAUCAACUAGGAAGGAUAAUAGCAAAUAAAUAAGUCAUCACUCGUUGGAGGAAACUACAAAUUCUGA